CACACGCUGGAGACAAUCCUUCCAGAGGACAGGCAGCCCAACUAUGAAGCUUUAUUGAACACCAGCUGAGCAUUUGUCACAGCUACCUGAUGAUUUUAGCAUCUUGUUCAGUGUUUUCAACUCCGCUCUGGCGUUAAAGGAGUCGCUUUUGCGCAUUAAAGCGUCCCGGUGCGCUCAAAGUGUCCAUGUGGAUACGACAAAAAAAACUUUUCUGCCACGUUUUUAAAAGCAGAACGGAGUAGCAUCGAUCGAUUUUGUUGUGAUUUUUCUUCCUUUCCUGUCAGGACGGCGGGACUUGUGUAGAAAGUUACUUUCCUGAACUGUUUUUUUCGGGGCAGUUUGCAGACAGAAGAAUGCUGCCCCAGCUCCUCACCCUGGCCUGUGCUCUCUGCUGCUUUGGUUUUACCUCCGUCACUGCAAAUGUACUAAAAGCAGAGGGUUGGCUGCAGCAGUAUGGCUACCUGCCUCCAGGUGAUGUCAGAGCCCAGGCCAUCCGCUCACCAAAGUCCAUUGUGACGGCGAUAACGGCGAUGCAGAGGUUAUACGGGUUGACUGUCACCGGCUCCAUAGACUCCAACACGUUACAGGCGAUGAGCCGGCCACGGUGCGGCGUCCCAGACAAGUUCGGCCCGGAGCUGAAAACCAACCUGAGAAGGAAGAGAUACGCCGUGCAGGGUCUGAAGUGGGAUAAGUCUGAGGUGACCUUCAGCAUACAGAACUACACCCCUAAGAUCGGAGAGCAAGCCACAUAUGAAGCCAUCCGAAGAGCCUUCAAGGUGUGGGAGAGUGCGAUCCCGCUCACCUUCAGAGAGAUCCCCUACAGCCACAUCAGAGACAAGGUCGACAAGUUCGCCGACAUCAUGCUCUCCUUCUCAGAGGGUUUCCACGGAGACAGCACGCCGUUUGAUGGCGAAGGAGGCUUCCUGGCUCACGCUUACUUCCCCGGACACGGCAUCGGGGGAGACACGCACUUUGACCUCGCUGAGCCCUGGACCACUGGGAACACAGACCAGGGGGGUAAUGAUGUUUUCCUGGUGGCUGUCCAUGAGCUGGGUCACGCUCUGGGUCUGGAGCACUCCAACGACCCCUCUGCCAUCAUGGCCCCCUUCUACCAGUGGUUUGAAACGGAAAACUUCCAGCUCCCAGACGAUGACCGCAGAGGCAUCCAGACAAUCUACGGAACCAAGUCCGGGGCUCCCCCUCCUCCCCCGCCUCCUCCUCGACCCACGAAGCCGUACAUCCCCGACAAUGGCCCGGACAUCUGUGAGGGACACUACGACACCAUCGCUAUCCUCAGAGGGGAAAAGUUUGUAUUUAAGGACAAGUGGUUUUGGCGUGUGCGGAACAACAAGGUGUUGCCAGGUUAUCCUAUGGCCAUCAGUCACUUCUGGAAGGGCCUGCCCUCAAACAUCAACGCAGCCUACGAGAGGGAUGAUGGGAAAUUUGUCUUCUUCAAGGGUGACAGGUACUGGGUUUUCAGUGAGUCUAGCAUGGAGAAGGAUUCCCCCAAGAGCCUUAAAGACCUGGGCACCGGUCUACCCAAAGACAAGAUCGAUGCUGCUCUCUUCUACACACCGACAGGACAGACGUACUUCUUCAGAGGCACUAAGUAUUACCGUUUCAACGAGCAGACUCGCACCGUGGACAGCGGUUACCCAAAGCCCAUCAGCAUGUGGAGCGGUGCACCGGAUAGCAUCAAAGCUGCCAUCAUGAGUGAAGAUGGAUCUUACACUCAUUUCUACAAAGCCAACAAGUACUGGAAGUUCAACAACCAGUACAUGAAGGUGGAGUCCGGCUACCCCAAAUCUGUGCUCAGUGACUGGAUGGGCUGCGAAGGCGAGGAGCCCAAGAAGGGUCGUAAAGAGGAGGUGAUCAUCAUCGAGGUGGACGAAUCACAGAGCGGGGCGGGGCCGGCGGCCGUGGUGAUCCCUCUCCUCCUGCUGGUGCUGGUUGUGGUCACUCUGGGAGCGCUUUUGUUCUUCAGGAAGUACGGCACGCCUCGACGCCUCCUCUACUGCCAGAGAUCCCUCCUGGACAAGGUGUAGACCGAGCGACGGGGUGAUUGACAGACUGCCACAGAGGGACAGAAAGAGAGGGAGAGAGAACGAGGGCCGGGUGAAGAUGGAAACUGAGAAGGGGAAGAAAGGGAAGAGGAGGAGAGAGCGACUGGAGAUGGGAUAGGAGGGGGACGACGUGUUAAGUGUUGGGUGGUUUGUAUGUGCCACGAGAGAGAAAAUAGGCCCUAGAAACUGAAAUCAGGAAAAUGUGUAUUUGUAUGUUAAAUAUUUACAUGUGCUGUUCACAUUAGAGAAGGGGAACAACAAAGAGACUCAUCAACGACUUCCCUCCCGCCUCUCCUCUCUCACAUCCCAGGUUAUAAAAGUAAAUAAAAACCCCUCCUUCCUUCCUCUCCUUUAACUGGACGACUCCAACUGAACUGCUGUCUGAUUCAUUUACUCAGAAAUUCAUCAUCUCUGUCGAGAGUUUUUGUCUUUUACUCAGAAAUUCAUCAUCUCUGUCGAGAGUUUUUGUCUUUUACUCUGAAAUUCAUCAUCUCUGUCGAGAGUUUUUGUCUUUUACUCUGAAAUUCAUCAUCUCUGUCGAGA